AUGAACGGAUCUUCGGAAUUGCAUGCCGAGACGGCGAGACGUGGAGGGUGGGAAAAUCCCCCAACCUGUACUGGGAAUGCCGUGACGGGAGACCCCACAUUCGACGAUGCGACCCAGGACUCCAAUUCCAUCAGCUGCUCAAGCGAUCUUCCCAUCUCCAGGGUUCAUCGCAAUGCGUUCACUCAUAUAGCGCUUUUGGUUCGUAUGCCGGAAUUCCAACCGAUCGUGUUUCUUCGCUCCAUAGAUACGGGUACUUCGACAACGAAGAGAAGAAUAACAGAAGAUGCCACCGCGACGACGACGGACGGUUCGGAAUGUCACGACCCGACGUGCGACUGCGGCCGGCCCGGGGAAGAAUGCCUCCCUGGGGAAGGGAACACCAUUCCUCAUCCCUGCUGCUGCAAUUACUAUUACAUCUGCCCCAACGAGUCCACGUUCUUGUCCGGGCACGUGGUUCAACCCAACUUUAGGAGACUGCAGCAACCUCGGAAACUCUUGUCCAGGUGGGACCUAUUGUGA